AAUUUUCUUAAUUGCUGACAUCUGUUUUUUGUCCUAUAUAAGGCGAAGCAGAGAGACCUUAGCCUCUCCUCAAGGGAAUCUAAAGAUCUCUCCUUCUCUCUAUUGUUUGCGAUCUUCGUGGGGUUUGAUUUGGAGGUCUUGAAGAAUGGGAAGCACUGGGGGUGAAGGAUAUGGCGCCUAUACUUACGAGAGUCUGGAGAGGGAGCCUUACUGGCCCACCGAGAAGCUCCGUAUCUCCAUCACCGGUGCCGGUGGAUUCAUUGCCUCCCACAUAGCCCGCCGCCUCAAGAACGAGGGGCACUACAUCAUCGCAUCUGAUUGGAAAAAGAACGAGCACAUGACCGAAGAUAUGUUCUGCCAGGAGUUCCACCUCGUCGAUCUGAGGGUCAUGGACAAUUGCUUGAAAGUUACCAAUGGUGUUGAUCAUGUUUUCAAUCUUGCAGCUGAUAUGGGUGGGAUGGGAUUCAUCCAAUCCAAUCAUUCUGUGAUAAUGUACAACAACACGAUGAUCAGCUUCAACAUGCUUGAAGCGUCGAGGAUUAAUGGAGUGAAAAGAUUUUUCUAUGCAUCUAGCGCUUGCAUCUACCCUGAAUUCAAGCAGUUGGAAACUAAUGUGAGCUUGAAGGAGUCUGAUGCUUGGCCUGCUGAGCCUCAAGAUGCGUACGGAUUGGAGAAGCUUGCAACGGAGGAAUUAUGCAAGCACUACACAAAGGAUUUUGGAAUUGAAUGUCGGAUUGGGCGAUUCCAUAACAUUUAUGGUCCAUUUGGAACAUGGAAAGGUGGGAGAGAGAAAGCCCCUGCGGCUUUUUGUAGAAAGACUAUUACUUCCACUGAUAAGUUUGAGAUGUGGGGAGAUGGGCUCCAAACUCGAUCAUUUACCUUCAUCGACGAGUGUGUAGAAGGUGUUCUGAGGUUGACAAAGUCAGACUUUUGGGAGCCAGUGAACAUUGGAAGCGAUGAAAUGGUCAGUAUGAACGAGAUGGCGGAAAUGGUGCUCAGUUUUGAGAACAAGAAGCUCCCCAUUCAUCACAUUCCUGGCCCAGAGGGUGUACGUGGUCGCAAUUCAGACAACACUCUUAUAAAAGAGAAGCUGGGAUGGGCGCCAACAAUGAGAUUGAAGGAUGGGCUGAGAAUCACAUACUUUUGGAUCAAGGAACAGAUUGAGAAAGAGAAAUCUCAAGGCAUUGACUUGUCUGUUUAUGGGUCAUCGAAAGUGGUCGGGACACAAGCUCCUGUUCAACUAGGCUCACUUCGUGCUGCUGAUGGAAAAGAAUGAGAUGGAGAUUUUGGGUCCUGGCAGCAUGCCAGAUUGGAAGCUAGUAUGUGGGUUUCCGUUUAUAUUUCACAUGUGGAAGGGAUAAUUUUAUUCCCCUUGUAUUGUGCUAGUCUUCUGUGCGUAGGUGCCUAUUGCAAAAAUAAUUUGAUAUUCGACUGCUAUUUUCUUUCCUUUUUUUUUUUUCUUUUUUUUUUUUUUUUCUUUUUUCUUUUUCUUUUUUGGGUUUUUAUUUUUCCCUUCGGAAGUUGUAAUGAAUGGUAUUGUAUGAGAUAUUGUUCAUGCUUCUUAUUUAUGGAAUGCACAACUUCAAGUCA